AUGUAUAAUAGGAAUGUUGACCUAGAACAUGCAUUUAAAGAUAUUGUCAAUUCGUCAAUAGAUAGUGAAUCAUCCAAGACUCUGAGAGAGAUCGAAGCAAACAGCAGGUAUAUUAGCGAUGUGCAACUGAAAAGUCUCCUGAAGCUACAUGAUGAAAAAUUCAAACAAAAAUGUGUUGAUCCAUUGCACGAUAUCGCAUCUCGAUAUGGAAAGAUUGUUGAUAAAGAUGGUGAUUUAGCAACAGAGGCAGCACUUGUAGAUAGAGAUCUGCGAGUAAUUGAAACUACCAUUCAAUUAAUCCAAGAAAGGGCCAAGACCGAUAAUAAAUAA